AUGUCACAAUCACCACCAACAUUGCCGCCAAAAACACCCGAACACUCAACAGGUCAAGAGAUCAAUCAACGACCACCCCCACCACAACAACAAGUUACCCAAGUCGAUAUUCCAGAAGAAAUCCAAUCAUUACCUAAAGACCAAUUGAUCAAGUUGAUACAAUCAGUUGAUGUACUAAAAGGGUAUUUAAUAACGUUGAAUGAAAAAAAUCUACAAGAUAACACGGUUGUAUUGGAUGGAAUAGUGAAGGAUAUUGAAUCGUUUAUUCAAAAAUUACAACAAUUACAAAAAUCUAAAGAUGAUCUUAAUAAACAAUUACUAUCACUUCAAGCUUUGACAUCUGAAUGGAAUUCAAGAGAGGUAGAUAUGUAUUCAUCAUUACAAAAAUUCGGAUCAAAAAACUUAUAUUCAUUGCUUAGAACUAGUGUUUUGGAAUCCAAGAAACUAACAGAAUCAAUAAGUCAAUCAUUCAUACAAGACUCAUUAGAAAAACAUGAUGAAGCAUCCAUUCAAAAUUUCAUUAAAAAUUAUAAAGCAGAAAGAAAAUUAUACUAUUUAAGAACUGAAAAAUUACAUAGAUUUAAUGAAGAAAGAGUAGGAGGUUUAUUAUAA